CCUCUGCUGUUAUCCAACCUUCAUUCUAUUGCAUUGGCCAUUGCAUUGCAUUCCAUUCCAUUGCACACCUGCUCUGAACAAGCUGGAACACCCUGCUGUUGUUCCAUUGCAUGAUCACCAUCAUCUUCUCCGUCGGUCGCUCGCCGUCGCAGCCGUGGCACCCUAUUUUUGGGCCCGGAAACCGCCUGCGCAACCACUGGAGCCGCAGAAGAGGCGUUGACGACAAAAGCCAGGGCGAAGCACCGCCACGAAAGGCAGGGAUCAUCCACCCGAGAAGAGAGCUGGAAGAAAGGUAGAGGACGGGCCCUGACCUUGACCACCACCGCCACACCCGGUCAUGGUCACCCUCCUCGCCUUCCGGCUCCGGCUCCUCCCUCUCCUCGCCCUCCUCCCCCUCCUCCUCCUCCACCCCACCGCCCUCGCCGAGGAUGGCGCCGACGCGGCGGCGCUCCUCCGGCUCAAGCAGUCGCUCUCGGACCCCACCGGCAGGCUGGAUGCCUGGUCGGCGUCCUCGCCGUCGCCGCCGUGCGACGCCGCGAGCCCAUGGCCCGGCGUCCAGUGCUACAAGGGCGUCCUCGUCGGGCUCCGGCUCACGCACAUGAACCUCUCCGGGAAGUUCGACUUCGCCGCCGUCGCCAAGCUCCCGGGGCUCCACUCCGUCAACCUCAAGCACAACAACUUCUCCGGCGCGCUGGCGGCGACGAGCGUCGGCGCCGCCCGCAGCCUCCGCGCGCUGUACCUCUCCUUCAACCAAUUCUCCGGACCGGUCCCCGCCGACGUGUUCACCAACCUGCGGUGGCUCAAGAAGCUCUACCUCAACGGCAACAACGUGACGGGCCCGCUGCCGGCGGACGCCAUCGCCGCCGCGCCGCGCCUCAUCGAGCUCCACCUCGACCGCAACGAGAUCAACGGGUCCAUCCCGUUCAAGCUCCCCGCGUCGCUGAAGCUGUUCAACGUCUCCCACAACCGCCUCACCGGCUCGAUCCCGCCGGACAUCGCAAGGCGCUUCGACCCGUCGGCGUUCGCCGGGAACACCGGCCUGUGCGGCUCGCCCGGGAGCGACACCGCGGUGUGCGUGGCGGCCGGGCCCGCACCGCCGCCGGCAAUGCCGCCGCCCACGCCGGCGGACCACAUGGCCGUCGAGGAGGAGACCAGCGUGUUCGUGGUCAUCGGCAUCAUCCUCCUCGUCAUCCUGCUGGUCACCGGCGCAAUGGUGCUGAUGCUCCGGCAGGACGAGCGGAACAGCGCCACGCCCGCGUACGACUACUACGCCGCCGCGGGCGCAAGCGCGCCGGGCGCCGUGGCCGGCUCGAGCAAGGCCAGCGGCGGCGCGGAGAUGGUGGCCGUGGACGUGGCCGGCGGCGGGUCGUCGAGCAGCCACGGAGGCGCCGGCGGCGGGCGGCGGAUGGGCGAGUUCGUCCUGCUGACCGACGACAUCCCCGCCUUCGGGCUGCCGGACCUGAUGAAGGCCUCCGCCGAGGUGCUCGGCAACGGCACCCUCGGGUCGGCGUACAAGGCCGCCAUGCGCAACGGCGUGACCGUCGCCGUGAAGCGCAUGCGCGACAUGAACCGCGCCGGCCGCGAGGAGUUCGAGCAGCACGUCCACAUGCUCGGCGAGCUCCGCCACCCCAACGUCCUGCCCCCCGUCGGCUACCACUACCGCAAGGAGGAGAAGCUCAUCGUCUCCGAGUACAUGCCCCACGGCAGCCUCCUCUACAUCCUCCACGGCGAUCAGAGCCCGAACAGGGUGGUGCUGGACUGGCCGGCGAGGGCGAGGAUCGCCGUGGGGGUGGCGCGGGGGCUGGCGUUCCUGCACGAGAAGCUGGGGAUCCCGGCGGGGCGGCUGGUGAGCAUGGACGGCGCGGACUUCGACGCGCCGCCGCCGCCGCCGCCGCACGGGAACCUCAAGUCCGGCAACAUCCUCCUCGACGCCGACAUGGAGCCCCGGCUGGUGGACUACGGCUUCUUCCCGCUGGUGAACGCGGCGCAGGCGCCGCAGGCCAUGUUCGCGUUCCGGUCGCCGGAGGGCGCCACGCGGGGCGCCGUGUCGGCGCGCUCCGACGUGUACUGCCUCGGCGUCGUGCUCCUCGAGCUCGUCACGGGGAGGUUCCCGUCGCAGUACCUCCUCAGCGCGCGGGGGGGCACCGACGUCGUGCACUGGGCGGCGGGCGCCGUCGCGGAGGGCGGCGAGAGGGAGCUCGUCGACCCGGCCAUCGCCGCGGGCGGAGGAUGUGACGCCGCCGUCAGGCUGCUACGGGUCGGCGUCCACUGCGCCAAGCCGGAGCCGGAGUGCCGGCCCACCGUGGCGGAGGCGGCGUGGAUGGUGGAGGAGAUCGCCGCCGGCAAUGCGUCGUGAUCACGCACACACAGGUCACUACACAUCGGAGAAGUGACACGUCAUGCACGGAUGUGCAUGCAUUCAUGUGGGGCUCGCUCGAUCGUCAGAUCCUGGCCGUUGAUCUCAGAUGAUGGCGAGAAUGUGAGAGGAGGGUUAGUUGCGGUGCGUGUACAUUGGAGGUCUGAAUUUGUAAAAAGGGGAACCGAGGGAAAUUGAAGGGAAAAGGGUCUAGGGGCCUUUGGGCAAAUAUUUCUUCUAAUGGAGGGGGAUGAAUUUACGACCACACUUGGUGAAUUUUAUGAUGAAGAACAAGGAUCAUUGUCCCUAUUGUGUGCAUGUAAAAAAGCAAUUCUUUGUCUUAGGAUCCUAUGUAUAAUGUACUUGUUGUAAUUAAGGAUGUAUUGUAGCUUUGAA